AUGUUAAUCAAACGUUUGUAUUCAAUUUUUAAAAAUACAUUUUCUGACAUGGACAAUCUUAUUGCUGUUUGUCAAAUUACAUCGACUGCCAAUAAAGAAAAAAACUUUCAAGCGUGCAAGGCACUAAUUACUAAUGCUCAUAAAUGUGGAGCUAAAAUGAUUUUCCUACCAGAGUCAUUUGAUUACAUUGAAGAAGAUAAAGCUAAAUCCUUAGAGAUGGCUGAAUCUUUAGAUGGAUCUCUUAUCAAUAAUUAUAAAUCAUUAGCUAAGUCGUUGGAUAUUUGGCUGUCUUUAGGUGGAUUUCAUGAAAAGUUUUCAGAAACUAAAUUAAGGAACACACAUUUGGUUAUCAACAAUAAAGGAGAAAUAGCUGAAACAUAUCAUAAAAUACAUUUAUAUGAUGUACAGAUACCUUCAAAAAACAUCCAAGCCUUCGAAUCAAAUUUAGUUGAAUCUGGUACUGAAAUCUCACCACCAGUUAAAACUCCAAUUGGGAAUAUUGGUUUAGCAAUUUGUUAUGAUAUGAGAUUUUCUCAGAUGGCUAUAGCAUUAGCCGAGAAUGGAGCAGAUAUUUUAACGUAUCCAUCAGCAUUUUUCUUCGGAACAGGUGCUUAUCAUUGGGAAAUAUUAUUGCGAGCCAGAGCCAUUGAAACUCAAUGUUAUGUAAUUGCUGCUGCACAAACCGGCAAUCAUAGCUCAGCUAGAAAAUCUUGGGGUCACUCACUGGUAGUUGAUCCACUAGGAACAGUAAUAGCACAAUGUUCUGAAGAACCGGGUUUUGUUUUGGCACCAAUUGAUUUAUCAUUAAUUAAAAGUAUUCGUCAGUCAAUGCCUCUGGAAUGCCAUAGACGAUACGAUAUUUACCCAAAAAUGAUUUCAAGUACCUUAUGUAGGACUAAGUCUAUUGAAGAUUUUAAUGAAUUUAAAUUUGGAUCAUCAAUAGUUAAAGGUUUACAAGUAUUUUACAAAACAGAAUUAUCCUUAGCAUUUACCAAUAUUAAAUGUGUCUUACCAGGACAUGUUUUAGUUGCUCCUCUUAGAGCUGUGGAAAAAUUGACUGACUUAUCUAAUUACGAAGUUGAGGAUCUAUUCCUUGCAGUUAAAAAGGUUCAAAAAACCAUUGAACAAGUACAAAACACUAAUUCAUCAUCUAUUGUUAUUCAAGACGGUCCACAUGCUGGACAAACCAUUAAACACGUUCAUGUUCAUAUUAUUCCAAGAAAGUCUGGAGAUUUUUUGGUGAAUGAUGAUAUAUACAGAAAAUUACAAAAUGAAAAAUACUGCACUGAUCCAAUGAGAAGCUAUGAUGAGAUGGCACAAGAAGCUAAAUUAUUAAGAUCGUUAUUUUAA